AUGUCGACCUUUAACGGCUUGUUGGCCGAGUUCCCUGAUAUUCGAGUCGACUUCUUCCGCUACCACCCGAACCGCAGGCCUCCCUUGGCUUGCCUCUUGAGCCAUGUCCACACUGAUCACCUUGCUGGUCUCGACACUUUGCGAUCACCCUUCGUGUACUGCUCUGCCGCCACCAGGGAGAUACUCCUCAGCCUAGAGACCGUCUCUCGCCGUAUCAACUAUGCCCAAGGCACCCUGGAAGCCCGACAACUGUCCUAUAAGCACCUGAAGAACUUGUUGAAGCCACUCCCUCUCGACACCCCGGUCGAACUCGAGCUCGAACCAGGGAACCAUAUCCAAGUCACCCUCCUAGACGCCAACCAUUGUCCCGGUGCUGUCAUGUUUUUGUUCGAGGGUCAAGGAAAAGCUGCCCUCUAUACUGGCGAUAUCCGGAGCGAACCAUGGCACGUCAACGCCAUUGCAAGGUCACCGUCUAUGGUUCAGUAUGCAUAUGGUCUGAAGACACUCGAUACCAUCUACCUGGAUACAUCCUUUAUCGAAGACAUCAAGUUUCCUACAAAAGCUCAGGGCAUCAGCGAGUUGCUGGAGAAGGUUUCCAAGUACCCUCCCGAUACCAUGUUCCACUUUCAAGCCUGGACAUACGGGUACGAAGAUGUGUGGGUUGCCCUGUCCAAAGCACUGGGGUCAAAAGUUCAUGUUGAUGAAUAUAAAAUGGGCAUAUACCAGUCCCUUCUGGCCAAGGAUCCCGGCAACAAGCGCGGCUUUGGUGUCCUGCAUCACUUGUCUCCUGAGGCUCCGGCCCUCGUGGGAUUUAUGCGUGGUAACUUGUACCAUCCGGGUUGCCUGACAUUAGAUGAAAACGUCCGCCUUCAUAGCUGUGAGAAGGGCAACUACUGCAAGACAGUUCGAGAAAACCCGAUAGUCCAGAUACACCCCGUGCUUACGCAUCUCAACGAUGGUGAAGACCUUCCGGAACUUGGCAUUGGUGGAGGUGGUGACGAUCUAGAGCGCGAGGAGGAAGAAGAUCGCUUGUCUGAGAUACAAAUUCAGAUGGUCUUGAAGUUUAUCCGGUGGCUGGAAAAGUCGGCAGAGAAAGUCGAACUUCUACCUCUCGAAUCUUUCGCGAGUGGCUCCAAGAUAGAGAUAGGCUUGGAACAGUUUACAUCGGACACAGGCAACAAGACCGCACUACUUCAUUUCCUGCGAGACCUGAUUGACAAGUCGAGAUCUCAGAUAGCUCAAGGCAGGUCCAUUCUGGCCGCUAACAGCAGAGCCGGAGGAAACCUGCCUAGCAUCAUCACCUUUCCAUAUUCGCGCCACUCGUCGUAUGCCGAGCUUUGCCAUUUGAUUGAUGCUUUCAAACCAAAGGACGUAUGGCCUAACACUGUUAACCCGCGCGAGUGGCUUGAACAAGGUAUUGCCAUCGAACACUUGUUUGGAAAGUAUUGCUCCGGUAGUUCAUUCCGACACGACAAAAUAAUGGCAGAGAUAUUCGAAACAAGGGAACAAGGGGAACAAGGGGAACAACCCAUCCUAAUCAGUGAUGACAGCCAGUCGACCGCUAGCGAACCUAGAAGCUCAUUCCAUGAGCCUUCAUCCCUCCAGGGCGUUGAAAACUGGGAUGGCACCACCAUUGCUCCGAAUCUGAACUUGUCGAGCAGUUUCUCUCAGAUUUCGGUCCGGGAGGAAGCAUCCUUGGACAUACGCGCUCACGCCUUUCGAAUGAUGCUAGACAACGCCAUGAACAAUGCUGGCCACGAACUCGGUCUAAUAUCCACACGGGACCACCACACGAACAUGGAAGCUGAGCUAGGCGAAAGAUGA